AUGACCAGUAACUUAGGGAAAGAGCUUGAGAAUUAUCAUAAGUUUAUUAUCGCAUCGUCAAUUCUACUCAUUCAGGAUGUAGUAAUGUUCUGGUUCUGGGGUUGGAUUGUAGACGAAGUUGAAAAACUAAAGAGCUUGCAAAUUUCUUUGGAUGAGAGCCGUGAUCCACUCAAGCCUUUAUCGAAAGCUUAUGAUGCAGCGUUAGGGUCUCUUGAAGCAUUGUUGCUGGAUCAAAUCCACCGGCGUUCGAAAUACCUCGGUUCUUUAUUGCCUAUGUAUUUGCAAGAGUACAAGAUGACCGCCAUUUCCAGUAAUCAUGGCACGUUGUCUGGUUGGCAGCGAAAAGACACAGUCUCCUACCCCGAAUAUUCAAAAGACAGGUUGGAAUUUUGCUUGGCAUUAUUGUUAAUCGAUAUGCGCCCCGAUUGUAAGCUCGAGGAAGUUUCUCCUCUUACGCCUGCAAUGAUAUUUGCUAUGCUCGGGGAGCAUUUAGCCAAGUGCGAUGAAACCAAGAAUUUCAAAGAGCUCGCUAGACUGGAUGAAACUAUACAUACAGCAAUCUCUAGCCUUGCAGCAAUGUAUCAAAUGCUUGAGAUGGUCCGAUUACAUCGCCCUCGAGCAAAGAAACGAGAAGCCGAGGAUAUCGUCGAGCUCGAACAUAGUCGUGGAUGGCGCCACGCCAAAAAACAUCUAGAAGAUCAGUACAUGUUGAGAGAUCUCGAUCGUGUGACCGGGAUCCCUGAUGAAAAUAUUCCCAUGGGGGAAAGCCAGAGCGAAAGAAUCAAGGCUGAAAAGUCAUUGGCAGACCCCACCAAGAAAUUUAUGGAGACACCAAAACCAACCGGAAUAUGUCUCAGCCAGCAAUGGCUCGAUACUGAUGCGCAACAGAGAAAUGCUCUUAGCCAAAUAUGGGUGCAAGUUCGAGCCCGUCAUGAAUAUACUCUCCGUCGUCUGGGAUUUUGCCAAGAAGAUAUAGAUCAUGAUCUCGCAACACUAUCCGCGGAUAGUGACCCAGAACACGUCGCAGCGAUCGAGAAACGAAGUGCUGAAACCCACGCAGAGAUAGCAGCCAGAAUCAAAACCAGAAAGCUCCCCAACACAGAUGACGAAAAGAACACUGUCGAAACAAUAAGUAAGCCGACCAUAACUCCUGAAACAUCUGCACUUAUGUCAUCGCCCAAAGUACUUGUCAGAAAGAGUUCAUAUGCAAUAUUCCAAACCAUGUUCCCGACCCGAAAUUUUGAGAAGCGCACCAAAACAGUACCCUGGGACUCCCUCGUUAAUGCCAUGGCUGAGGCCGGAUUCAUAGCAAGCCAUGAUGCAGGAGGAUCGGCCGUUCAAUUUGAGCCUGAUACUAGCUCGCCUUGGUUUAGACAGGGUAAGAUAGUCUUCCACAAACCCCACCCUGAGCGUGUUGUGGACGCAAUCAUGUUGGGAGCGAUGGGAAAGUGGAUGGAGAAGUGGUUUGGAUGGAGCGAUGAGACUUUUGAAGUGGGUAAGAAAUAA